AAUUUCAAAGGGAUUAUUGUUGUUAGGAAUUCUCCCCGCCUACCGGCACCAUGUUCAGCAAAACUGGAAGCUUAACAUUGUUUUUCUCGUACUGGAACUGGAGCGGGCUGAGAGACUGAGCUGAACUUCACCGCGGCUCUGACUAAAUGGGAUUUAUGUAUCAUGAGUUGGAUAAAUAGAGAAACAGUGCUGUAAUGAGGGGAGUGUAGGUGAGUAGGAAGAGGAGCUACGCUGCUAUGGAGAGGACAGGGAAUGUAGAGAAGCCGCCUGUGGCCCCUAAGCCAAGGGUGCUUCCACCACCAAAAACAAUUCUGCCUGCUUCAAAACAAGCACUUGACCUGGAUGUUUCCUACCCUGUAAAGAACACUGUGAAACCUGCUGUUGCACCUAAACCAUGUAGUUCUAAAACUUCUGCACCUCCACCAGAGUCCAAGUCCGUAGCAUCUGACAGUGAGCAUCAAGAAAGUUUGCAACAAAAGUCUGAUGUCCUUAAGCAUGUGGGUUUACUAAAUUCCAGAAAUGGACCUAGUUUGGAGUUGAGGCAGCCAGAAUGGGAUUAUGUCAUUCCAACUUGUGAUUGUGCCGAAGGGAAGUGUCAUGGCUGCUCACCUAAGGAAAACAGCAGAAGACCCAUCCAGCAUGGAAAUCGUAUUGAACCACGUCAAAACAACAAACCAGAAGGAUCCAAAAGUCCCACUCCCCGAGCUCAGACUAAACCUCUGCACAAGACUACAACAAAUCAUGGUCAAGGGCUGAUCAAUCCUCCUAAGGACUCAGUACAAGGCUCAUCUGUGGCUAAUGGAUCAGUAGCUUUGGACAAACAUUUAACAAAAAAAACUCAAGGCAGUCUUGGCAGUUCUUAUGAGGCACCAGCUACUGUCACUGGAUCAGGGCAAGCUGUAUUAAACAAAAAGCCUCAUGGGUAUUCUACUGGUAGACAAAAUGGCAGUUCAUACUCUGGUAUGACACCAGUAAGAAAAGCUCCACCAUUGCCACCAGUGCAGAAUAAACCAAAGAUCAGCAGUGCUGGGCGACUGGACAAUGCUGAUAUCUUCUCAGAGGAAGGCGCUACUGAGGCAACGCUUACAGCUGUAAAACUGAUGCAAAGCUCACCAGUUGUGUCUCUGAAGGAAAGGCCACCUACUAUCCCUCCAAGGGAGAAUAAACCCAAAAAAGUAUAUGUUGAAACCCAAGGUGACAAUGUGGUUCCACGGUGGAGGACCCCUGCUAAAGAAAAAAUACAGGGCAAAGACAUACAUCAUGGUGGACUCCCAGGGCAUGCUUUAAAGACGCAGCAAUCAAGGGAUGACAGAGAAGGCCCAGAUUCAAAGCCAAAAACCGUAAUGACAAAAGAAGUCCACAAGAAACCAGAAGGAAACAUCAUCAUGUCUGAGGAAGAGGUCAUUGAGAGUAAUAUCAGUCCUGUGAAAAUGGAUCCACCCCUCCCUGCUAAAGGAAAAUCUAGAGGUAAAGCCAAUCAAAACUCUGGAAAACAGGAGCCUAACAGCACACCAGACAAAAGACCUGGCACUAGUCUGAAGCCUAAAGCUAAGUCUUUCAGCCCAGCAGAUAGUCUUCUGAAGAAAUCAUCCUACCAGAAGGUGAUGGAACUUGACCUUCCAGUUAAAAAGACCAAGAAAAAGCAGGCCCAUGGUAGCCCUGUGGUCAAGAGUGAGGACUCAGUAAAGGAGGAUAGGCAGAACAGCAACACCCAAAAUGAAGCCAAUAUACAAAUCCCAGAGUACAGACGUCACCUAGUCAGAGAACAGAGUGUGGACGGAGAAGAUUUUCAGGAAAAAAUAAAACAUGAACAUCUCUAUCAGAAUAUUUCAGAUAUUCUAGAUUCUCAUUCUAGUGGAAAAGCAGCGACACAGACCCAACAACCUCAGGGAAUCCAACAGAGGCAAUUAUCCACAGAGAACCUGUACGAAGAACCAAUUUCCCCUGAAGAAAGUGAAUACUUCAAUGAAAGUAAUGUAUAUGAAGACAUUCUAAGCUCAGAUGAGGAGGAAAUUGAUAGCGGCUCAGAGGUAGAAGAAGAUAGCAAUUCAUACUCUGACAAAGAUCAGAGUCAGAACGACGCCAAGAACACCAAGCUGGCUCAUAUAGCCAGAGAGAUCAUGAGUUCUGAGAAAGUGUUUGUGGAGGUGUUGAAGCUUCUCCAUAUAAAAUUCCGGAAAGCAGUGGAGGAUGCCAGUCAGGGUGGGAAAGCUGUGAUUGAUGAUCGGAUUCUGAACCAGAUCCUGUUUUCCCUGCCACAACUGUAUGAGCUGAACAGUAACUUACUGAGGGAGCUGGAGGAACGUGUGGCCAACUGGAAUGAGCACUCUGGUGUAGCUGACAUCUUUUUAAAGAAGGGCCCAUAUCUGAAAAUGUAUUCCAGUUACAUCUGUGAGUUCGACAAGAAUGUUGCCCUACUGGAGGAGCAAUGCAGAAAGAAUCCAGCAUUCGCAAAAGUAGUUCGGGAAUUUGAGAGCAGUCCAUGCUGCGCCAAUCUUGCAGUCAAACACUACAUGCUGAAACCCGUUCAGAGACUCCCCCAGUACCAACUGCUCCUCUCAGAUUAUGUGAAGAAUCUGAAUGAAAACUCUCCACAUUACAAAGACACACAAGAUGCCUUGAAGUUGGUAAAGGAUGUGGCAAAUCAUGCCAAUGAAACCAUGAGGAAAGGGGAUAACUUUCAGAAGCUGAUUCAAGUGCAGUACAGCCUGACGGGACAUCAUGAGAUUGUAAAGCCUGGAAGGACCUUACUGAAAGAGGGGACGCUGAUGAAACUCUCCAGAAAAGUCAUGCAGCCCCGGAUGUUCUUCCUAUUUAAUGACACCCUGCUGUACACCACACCACUCCAGACAGGCCAGUACAAACUGAACAAUGAGCUUUCACUGGCUGGGAUGAAGGUCAGUAAACCCAGUCAAGAAGGGCAUCAGAAUGAGCUAAACAUCGAAAGCGUUGAACGAUCAUUUAUCCUUUCUGCCAGUUCUCCUACUGCUCGAGAUGAAUGGCUGGAGGCCAUCUCUGCUGCUAUUAAUGAUUACACCAAGAAAAUGAUCUCAUUUGGUUCAAGCAGAAGCCCUGAAGAGGGGGGCAAAGACACUGUAGAUGCUCAGCUGGGCUCCAAGGCCCCUAUAUGGAUUCCAGAUCUGCGGGCCACAAUGUGCAUGAUCUGCACCUGUGAGUUCACUCUGACCUGGAGAAGACAUCACUGCAGAGCGUGUGGGAAGGUGGUGUGUCAGGCCUGCUCAACUAACAAGUACCCUCUGGAGUAUUUGAAGUAUCAUCCAGAGCGAGUGUGUGAUCAGUGCUUUGAGACUCUACAGCACAACAGCUCAGGUAGUAGUAUUUUAUCUCCAAAUGCGAAAACUUUAGGUGGCUUUCACUUUAGACGGCAGAGGAAGAUCGCAGCAGCCCUAAAAGAGGUUUCAGCCAACACCGAUGAAUCGUCCAUGAGUGGAUAUCUGGAGAGGAAUAAGCCCAAAAAGAAACAGUGGAAGAGGCUCUGGUUUGUAAUCAAGAACAAGGUGCUAUACACUUACGCUGCCAGUGAGGAUGUAGCAGCUCUUGAGAGUCUGCCUCUACUGGGCUUCUCUCUUAAAGAAGAUCAGUCUGAAUCCUCUCAGCAGUUUAAGCUCUACCACAAAGACAAACUCAUCUACAUCUUUAAGACAGAUGACAGUAAUAUCUAUCACAGGUGGAUUGAAGCUUUCCGUGAGGCCAUGGUUCUUUAGCCUUCACCCACGAGACCACUACCUCACAUUGUUCCUUAUGCAGAAAGCUAAUAUCACUCUUUUAUAUUUAACAGAAUACUAAAGCUACCUAAAGAUGUGAAUGUGAAUGCUGCAUUGUCUUGGCACAGAUCUUGACAUCUGGACUAUAUUUUUCCUUUAAUGUAAAAUAAUUGAAUAUAAUUUACAAUGCUGUGUAAUCCAAGACAAUAGACUCAACCUUACUGUUUUUGCAAACUUAGAGCAUUUAUAUGAAACAUUCCUGCAAAACCAUGUUAUGGGGAUUCAGUGUUUUACUUUUACUGUGACUAUUAUAUUAACAGUUUUACUGUUCAUGUUGACACUGUUUAGUCUACUGUUGUGUUUGAAUGAAGAAGUUCCAGAAAUACCUUUAUUUUCCAUGUUUACAGCACUUAUAUGUACAUAUAGGAUUUGGUGUGGAGUAUGUAAUUGGUGGAGAAACACUGUCUCUGUACUAAAUAAAUGUAUUUUUUCAUACA